GUUGGCGCGUUUGUGACGUCUUACCACUGCCCGCUGCUGUGGUGCUGCGCAAGAAAUAAAGGAAGAAUUUAGCACUUUCUGUUGAUAACAAGUGAAGCGUGAAAAACUGACAACAGUUCCGGUGGAUUUCCCUUUCAUUGAUGAUGGCUCAUGUUAAAAAGCAAAUAAACAGAAGUAAAGAAAUUGUAAGAAACGCUUGAUCAACAAUACCCGUAAAAACGAAGCUUGCAUUGCUAAGUUGCUAAGUAGUGAAAGUGAGUUAAGGCAACUGCAAAUAAAACACCAAAAAAAUAUAUACAAUUACUCAUACAUAAUAUAUCUGUAUGUACAUACAUAUGUGAACAUAGUAGAGCGCCAAAAAGUACGAAAUAUAAAAAUUGUAAUAAAAAAAAAAGUAAUAAAGUAGUCAGUGACCGCUUCGAAAGCCUUCAAUGUAAAGUGAAGCUGUGUUGCAACUUGUUUUUUUGUUUGUUGCUUUGUGUUGCAAGUGAAUAGCGCGCCCCGCCGCGCCGAUUUAUCGUUGUGAUAGUCUACCGUUAAAGGAAAAACCAGAGUUUAACUUCCGACAACGCCGACAGCACGAACAGGUCAGAGCAAAGCACGCGACAGAAGUAGAAAGGAAGGAUAUAUGAAACUUGUUUAAGUUGGUGGCAGCGGUGAGCGUGAAAGUGAAGUUAACAGUCACAGCAAGGAAGGCGUUAAAAAAAGAUUUCAAUAUGACAAAUCGUGUGUGGUACGGUGCGGCGCUUUUGUUUUGUGCUACAAAUAUAAUGGCUGCUGAUAUACUGAUGGUCACAAUGGGCGGUACCAAAUCACAUAAAAUACCAUUUUGGGAGUUGGCGAAAGGACUGAUACACAGAGGUCACAAUAUCACAUUUCUUAACGGUUUCCCGUCCGAUUUUCAUAUAAACGGCUUGCAUGAAAUUACACCUUCUGGACUAGUUGAGUAUAUACAGAAUUAUACAAAUUGGGAUUUACUGGGAUCACGCAUGACGGGAGAGAUGCCAUUAUCUUUUUGGGAUGCCUUCCGAUAUGCAUUUCAGUCCUGCGAUGCCAUGCUCGAUGACGCUGAAACCAAAGAGCUCAUGAAUCGCAACUUCGAUUUAGCCAUAUUGGAUGGCGCAUUUCCCGAAUGCGCGCUCGGCAUAGUCUAUCACUACAAGAUACCAUUUAUGUACAUGAAUACGGUGGGCUUCUACACCGGCAGUCUAGCGAAGUCUGGCAGUCCUGCUUCGUAUGCGAUAACGCCGAAUUUCUACACAAGCUUCACAGAUACAAUGAAUCUCAUACAACGCGCUGCGAACACAGGCAUACAAGUGUUUCAGGAUAUUAUGCAUAGGUUUGUUAUGGCGAUGGUGUAUCGUGUGUUGCGCGUGCACAUUGGCACCCACAUACCGCAUCCAUAUGACAUUUCGAAAAACGUCAGUUUCAUAUUACAAAAUGGCCACGCUGUUGUCUCAUAUCCACGCGCGCUCAAUCCAAAUGUCGCCGAGAUCGCUUGCAUACAUUGUAAGCCAGCCAAACCACUGCCGAAAGAUCUUGAAGAAUUCAUCGCAUCGGCUGGUGAAUCUGGUUUCAUUUACGUGUCCAUGGGCUCCUCAGUGAAGGCUGCCAACAUGCCCGCGUCACUACGUCGCUUAUUGGUGAAAACAUUUGCCCGCCUGCCAUAUCAUGUGCUUUGGAAGUACGAAGGCGAUGCCGCGGAAAUGCUUAAUUUGACGCCAAAUGUGCGUCUAAGUCGCUGGUUGCCACAGCAGGACAUUUUGGGUCAUCACAAGCUGCGCGCCUUCGUUACACAUGGCGGUUUGCUAAGCAUGUUCGAGACGGUGUACCACGGCGUACCUGUCGUGACGAUGCCAGUUUUUUGUGAUCAUGAUGUUAACUCGGCCAAAGCGGAGGUCGACGGUUACGCAAUUAAGUUGCAGUUGGAGACAUUGACAGCCAGUCAGCUGUACAAGGCGAUUAUGAAGGUCAUACAUGAUCCACAGUACAGAAAGGCGGCGAGAUUCCGACAAAAGUUGCUGACAGAUCAGCGUACUACUCCUCUGGAGACGUCCAUAUAUUGGACCGAAUAUGUGUUGCGUCACAAAGGAGCCUACCAUCUGCAAUCGCCAGCCAGAAAUCUGAGUUGGAUCCAAUACUAUCUUGUCGAUGUAGUCGCACUUUAUGCGGGCGCCAUCUAUCUAAUCUAUUACCUGCUAAAACGCUUGCUCUCUCGUCCCGAAGUUAUACAUCAUAGCAUACCCACGGCUAAUCAAAGAGUCAAAAAGAUCAACUGAUAAAGCACAAAAUGGAAUACAUAAAUAUUUAUGUAUGUAAUAUUUGGUGAUAUCUAUUGGCUAAAUACAUGUUUGCUUCAAUUUCGCCACUCUCAAAUAUACAUCCUCCUGCUCUACAAUUUCCGAAGUGCUCACAGUUCUAAUCCCUUGUGUACAGUGUGUAUGAAAAUAUUUUAGACUUUUUCUGUUGUUUAGAAAAAGUUGUUGUAAAUAUUGUAGCU